AUGCCACCAUAUGCCAAGUUCUUAAAAGAGAUACUAUCAAACAAGAGGAAGCUUGAUGACUAUAAGAUAGUGGCUCUCACUGAGGAAUGCAGAGCAAUCUUGCAAAAUAAAUUGCCUCCAAAGCUAAAAGAUCGUGGAAGCUUCUCAAUACCUUAUUUUAUUGGCAACAUGAACAUUGAUAAGGCCCUUUAUGACUUGGGAGCAAGCAGAUCUAUCAAGUAUCCAAUAGGGAUUUUGGAGAUGGAGGAGGAUGUUCAAAUUCCAUUAAUCUUUGCAAGACCUUUUUUAGCAACUGUCGAAGCAAUCAUAGAAGUCAAAAAUGGGUGGUUGACUCUUAAAGUGGGAGAAGAAGAAGUGGAAUUCAACUAG